GUCUGUUGUGAGUGAAAUUACAGUGGUUGAACCAUUUAGCGAACCGGAGUUUAUAUGUAGCUGUAUUGUACACAGCUGUACUGUAGAGUCCGGCUACUAGAGAAGAAAACCAACUCAAGGUCAAUCGCUUACUCUUAUUGGUUAGUACAGUCUGAGUCGCUGUACAGCUGUUGCCGGGUCCAAACAUCAAUAGAUCAGGCGCUUAGCUGUUAGAUCUUAUUGUACCGACUUUCUGGUUUGAUCAGUGUUGUGUUGGUACUUUUUCACUCCGUGUUGCAGCAGCCGGCACCGGCAUUGCAUCUUUGCGUCUUUUCUGGAAUUGAUUGAUGCAUGGUUGAUUGUUUCAAUUGGACCGAUUACUGAUUAGCUUUUAAUCAUGAAGAUCAAUUUGGUGUUAAUCUUGGUUUUCGCCUGUUUUGCACGGUUCUUUCUCUACUGAAUAUGAUGGUAUUGUCAGGAUACCACUACAGCGUAUGGAAACAGGUCUGGAGAAAUUGUUACGUCAGGAAGCAGACAUCAAACUGAUUGAGGGGAUCUAUGAGAUGGCUCGUCAAGGAGCUGAGGGCUCCAAGUUGGUGUUGAAAGACGGCAAGUUUGUGCCUACCAAUGACACUCUCCCUCUCUUCAAAUACUUUGAUUCCGAGUACUACGGAUUGGUAAAUAUUGGAAAACCUGGGAAGACUUUCAAAAUGAUCAUGGAUACCGCUUGGGCAUAUAGCUGGGUCAUCUCUUCUGAAUGCCCCAGGACUAGUUUACCAUGUGCUGUGCACCAGAGCUACAACCAUAAAACAUCCUCCACAUACCAACCAGAUGGAAGAGAAUUCAAUGUGUCCAACGAAUUUAUGGGUUACAUGAGCAAGGAUGUGUUCCUUGUAGGACAGAUGAAUACAACAGGGCAGGGAUUUGCUGAACUGACUCACCUCCCAUGGAUCUACACUAUGUACGACAGUGAUGGAACAAUUGGCCUCGGGUUCCAAGAGCUUGCGCAUAAUGCGACUCCAUUCUUCUACAAUUUGAUAAGACAAAAUAGACUCAAAGAACCCAUAUUUUCUUUCUACAUUAACAGUUUAGUGCUCGAGAAAAAGAAGAUGGUGAAGAGCGGAACAUUUUCACGAUACCAGCAAAUGAUAAAUUCAAUGGUUAAUGAGACCCAACGACUACCAGGGGAGGAUCUCUGUUUUUUUGGCGGAAUAGAUCCCAAGCACAACAAGACUGCCUUUUCCACAAUCAACGUUAACUCAAAUGUAUACUGGCAAUUCCCUGUGACCAAGAUUUCUGUUGUGAUGAGCAAGAAGAGUCAAGUGGAUGUGUGCAAGAAUGGAUGCAACGCUUUGGCUGACACCAGCACUAAUGGAAUUAUGGGCCCUCCCGCUGAGAUAAAGGUCAUAAACCAGCUCAUUGGUGCUGAGAGAAUUUUCUUCUCCGACCGCUACUUGAUUCCGUGCACCCAAGAGUACAAAGGACCAAAAAUUGUGUUUAAUAUUAACAAUCAAGAGUAUAUGAUUAAGGGAAGAGAUUAUAUCCAAAAAAUGUCCUAUUCUGGAAUAACCAUCUGUCUGUCAGCAUUCCGGCCAGCGACUGGUUUGGCAAAUAACACCUGGACUCUAGGUGGCGCAUUUUUCUACCAGUACUACACGGCCUUUGAUGUCAUCAACCGACAAAUUUUGAUUGCUGAUGCAGCUUGAAACAGUGUUGUAACUUCUUGUUAUAGUUCACAAAAUAUGUAAAUUUUCAGCUGUGUUUUACUUUAGAAAAAUGUCAUUGAUAUUAUAAAGGAUAUCUGGGAAAUUUGCCAAAACGCAAUACUUAAUGGCUGUAAAACCCUUUUAAAUCAUCUUUUGCCAAUUAUGGACCUAACACAAAAGCACUGUUUUUAAUGAACUUCUAAAAAAGAAUUGUUUUAUUACUAUAAUUUUUAUUAAUAGAGAACGUUGCAAUAUCUUAUAUGAUAGGUGUUUUUGAGAUAAUUACUAUUUUAAUUAUUUCAAACUUUAUAUUACAUUCAUAAAAUAGGAUUGUUAGUUAAUAUGUAGUUAAAGAGGAUAGUCCUCAUCCAAAUCACCUGAUAUAAUAACAUCUCUUAGCAAAAUGUAUCCGUACUAUCUAUAAACGUAUGUUGUCAUCUUAGUACUUACGACUUGUACGUAAUAAUUUUUUCAUAAUUAAUAAAAUUAAAGGACGAAAUGUCCAACUUCAUGCAAGGUUUAAGUUGUCAGUCCUAAAUUGUAUGAGUGAUAAAUGUGCACAGGCUACUCCCAACCAACCCAAUACCAAGUUGAUAACACUAGAGAUGUUUUCAAAUGUAAAUAUGCUAGUAUUGCAGUAUUUGCUAGGGAGAUAACCUUUUUGCAAUUUGCUGAGUUCUGUCAAGAAGAACAUGCAAUAGUAGAAAACACCUUUUUUGCUGAAAACAUCUAUUUAACCACUUCACGAUUAACAUUUUUUCUAACAUCUUGUAUGUGAAUUACAUAAUGUUGAAAAAAGGGGAAGAAUUUCUCCACAUCCACAUAAAAUUAUGUGAUUGGGCUCCCUUUCUCAAGUCAUGGAUUCAUUAUUGCUAGUAGUCAUCUUAGUGAUAUUAAUCUAAUGUGUAAAAUACUAGGAUUAAUUGCAAAAAUGUAUAACUCUUAAAAGAACUUAAUGGAGCAAUGUUUGUGAGUUAAAGUUGACAGUAUAAUACUAGUGCUAUAAGGUUUGAAAAAUGUAAGUAACUUUCAAGUUUGAUUUAAAUAUUAUAAAGAUAAUUUUAAUUGAAUUUAAAGCUGUUAUUUUUACGUUUUUAAUGUAGGAACAAUUGUACAAAGUUCGAAAAUAAAUUGCUUUUUUACUUAUUA